AUGAGCUCUACAACUUCAACUGGCACCAGUUGUGACCUCCACAAGUUCGACGUUCACCAUGAGCUCCGCAACUUUCACAAGCAGCUCGUCAGUGACGGCAGCAGUGACCAGCACAUCCAGCACAUCCACGACCUCAUCGCCACCUCUCGGGGCCGAUGCUGGUUGCAGCCUUGGUUGCUUGCUGUUGUCUCGCAGCGGUCUUCUUUCGUGGAAAGUACCGCAAAGGGGGAAGGCGAGGAGCCGCCACCAGACCAUGUGAGCCCGUCGCCGAUGCGCCGGAAGAUGGGGGAAGACACGUCGGCCAGAUCGAGGCGAAACAUGGCCCACAUCCAGAAGAACACCCAGAAGAAACGGUCAUGGACGUUUGACCAGGUGCGGGUCCGAGCCUGA